AUGUCUUCUCAUGGACCAGUUAUUCAGGCACUUCCUCUGGAUGUCGCGGCUAAAAUCAAAUCUUCAACCUCAAUCACUCACCUGCAUGGAGUGAUUGUAGACUUGGUCAAGAACUCGCUGGAUGCGGGCGCACAAACAGUCCUCGUCUCUGUGGACUUCCCAAGAGGAAGCUGCAUAGUGGAGGAUGAUGGGGAGGGAAUACGACCGGCGGAGUUUGAGCCUACCGGCGGUCUUGGAAAAGCGCACUAUACAUCCAAGUAUCAAACCCCAACGGCCUAUGGACAUCGAGGUCUAUUCCUAGCUUCUUUGGCCUCGUUAUCACUGCUCACUGUGACGUCUCGUCAUAUCCAACAUGCGAGCACAAACUCCGUCAUCUUUCACCACGCCAGGCCCGUUGCAAGGCUAAUCCCUGCUCCGGUACAUCAGAGUCCCCGGCUUGGGGAACAUGGGACCUGUGUCGCCGUAAAUGAUCUUUUUGGGAAUAUGCCUGUGCGGGUCAAAAGUCGAGCCAUGGCCCUUGAGAAGCCGGAAGAACUGGAGAGAGAAUGGGACCAUCUCCGAGAUCUGAUGGUCUCCCUCACACUAGCAAAUAGCCAGCUCCUGAAGCUUGUGAUUUCUGACGUCACAAGAGGGAAACGAGUCACCAUCCGUCCCGGUAAUCCUACGCCGAAUACCUCGCUGAAUAAUGCUGCACUUGAAAUGAAUCUUGGACGCAUAGGAUCCAUUCUCUCGCAAUCCGACAUACUGGAUUCGCGAAAUAUGGAGUCAUGGCGUGUCAUAUCUGCUUCUGUUCCGCGCCUCACGAUACAUGCAGCAAUCUCGACCGUACCAAGCCCUUCAAAGAAGAUACAAUUCAUCUCAUUGGGCAAGCAUCCAAUGCUGUCACGGAAUUCUUCAAAUGCCCUGUUCGACGAGGUCAAUCGAUUGAUGUCCAUGUCUGACUUUGGGAACCCUAGAAGUGCAUCUGACAUUGCAAUUUCGAAACCUUCGGCUCAUGUGACUGGCAGAUCCGAGUCCUUGAAUGAUUCGUCGAGCAGAACCUGGGCGAAGUCGAUCAACAAAUGGCCGAUGUUCUAUAUACGUAUCGAGACUGAGGUUCUUCGGCACCUGGAAGAUGGCGAUGAACUCUCUCCCGCCACUGAGAAGUCACUUCAAGGAAUCAUUGAUGUCUUGGAUGCGAUGAUCUUGGAGUUCUUGAAACAGCAAAAUAUGCGACCUAGGUCGAGUAGACGACAAGGGAGACUUCUUGAUCGGCCUCAGAGAACGAUCAGUGCUGCACGCACCAGCUCUACGCGAUCUAACAGCAUCGCGAGAAGCAGGCGGAACGAGAGCAUGAGAGAGGGUUUCGAUAGUCAGUUAAAACUUCCCUCGUUGCAGAGAUCACAGUCUGCCAAUAUGGGGCCGCACUUCAGCAAUUGGUCCCGUGUCAAAGCCGCCAAAACCCCCGAAGAUCCACGAACUGGCGUUGUUGGUGCGGAUCUUAUAUCUCAAAGCGACAAUCUUCCCAAAGAAUGGCAGCUGCCUCACUUACCGGAUCUUCGACGAAGUCAAUCAAACCACAGUCGACAUUUCCCUCUUUGCUCCAGUCAGCGCGAAAUGCGACAUGAGGAUACGACCCCAUCCCUCCACGGUGUCGAAGAUGCCAAGCAGCAAGAGUCGGGGAACCCUUCAUCUAAGGCCCCUACUGACGAGUUGAUACCUUGGGUUGACCCGCGUACUGGGAAAACGCAUCAGAUAAACUCACGAACGGGACAGACCGUCAAUCUCAAAGCGAUAAGUGCUGGACCUAGAUCCAAUAACUUCCUUAGUACUCUGCAAAGUCUGGGCAGAUCCCAUAGGCCAAGAUCCGCCUCGUCAUCCAGCUUCUGGGUGGACAAUUUGCUUGAUGCAUGGGACAAUCCUACGUUUGCCAGAACAGAGGCGCCAGUGCCAAAUCUUGACGUCGAGAUGGAUCAACUUCACAACCUACCGGGUUCGCAUCAUUGCCACGGGGAUAUUGGAAACUUGUACGGAACGCAAGUUGCUAAGUUCAGGGGCAAAUUACAACGUCAAAGCCUGGCAACGGCCAGCAUCAUCGCACAGGUUGAUCAAAAAUUCAUUCUCGCCAAAUUCGACCCCAUAUGUCCCAGUGCUACGGUUGAUCAUGACUCGGAGGGUGUUCUUGUCUUGAUUGAUCAACAUGCCGCCGAUGAAAGAUGCCGCGUCGAACAAUUGUUUAAAGACAUGUUCAUUUCCCCUGGCUCUUUGGAUCAACAUGAUCAGGUUCAAACCGUGGGUAUUGAACCAAUCUCAUUCAGCAUAUCUGCUACGGAAGCUACACUUUUCCGCAAAUACUUGGAUUUCUUUGGCAACUGGGGCAUUGGCUACAGCAUAACUAUGAAAGCAUUAUCUGAGGCAAGCGUUCAGGUCCAAGCGGUACCAACUCUCAUCGCUGAACGUUGUCGACUUGAGCCAAACUUGAUUGCGGAUCUUCUCCGUCGUGAAAUCUGGAAUUUCGAAGAGGAGAAUGGAAAGCCGCCGGGCUCGAAAAGGCCAACGAGGAACUUUUCAACGGGGGGCGACGUUGAUGACGAUGAGUUCUCCGCUAACAGAACCGGAGCGAUCGUCGCGCACCCGUGGGUACAGAAAAUGAGCGGCUGUCCGCAGAGUAUUCUGGACCUACUCAAUUCUCGGGCAUGCCGAGGUGCUAUCAUGUUCAAUGACCCGUUGAGUCUACAGGAGUGUGAGGAACUGGUCACACGGCUUUCGAGAUGCGCCUUUCCAUUCCAAUGUGCCCAUGGCCGACCGUCCAUGAUCCCGAUACUUGACCUGCGACCACAGCCUGGAAUCGGAAAUGUGCCCUCUGAUGCUGGCAUCAUGGGUUCGGAUUAUGAUGAACAUGAUAACAAUGGGGUAGAUUUCUUAGACGCGUUUCAGGCACAGUAUGUAAAUUAG